AUGACGGACACGAAUCCAGCAGCAACGGACGGCGAAAUCAAGGCCUCGACUUCCUCCGCUUCCACAAGCCCGACAUCAACAUCAAAGCAGGAGCCAAAAUCUCACCCCAGCUCGACAAAAGCAGUCGAGGCCGAAGAUGACGACCAAAACGACGACGAUGAAGAUGCCGCGGGAGACGAGGAUGACGAAGAAGAUGACGACGAGGAAUACGGCUCGUCAGAAGAAGACGAUGGCGGCAAUGUUGGCCUUUCGUACUUGCUAGAAGACCACGACGAAGACGAAUCCGAAGACGAAGACUUCCAAGAGUCGCAAGACGAGGACGACGAAGAUGACGAUCCUGAAAUCCAAGAAUCCGACGAGGAUGACAGCACGCCCGCCUCGUCCAGCACAAAACGCAAGCGCCCCACUGCCGACACCGCCGCCAGCAAGCGGAGCAAGUGA